AUGGCGGCUCCAGGCACCCAGUCGCUCAAGUGUGUUGUGACCGGUGAUGGUGCUGUUGGCAAGACAUGUCUCCUCAUAUCCUACACAACCAACGCCUUUCCCGGCGAAUAUAUCCCCACAGUAUUCGAUAAUUACUCUGCCAGCGUGAUGGUGGAUGGCAAGCCCAUUAGCUUAGGACUGUGGGAUACUGCUGGACAAGAAGAUUAUGAUCGACUUCGACCUCUCUCGUAUCCCCAGACGGAUGUGUUUUUGAUCUGCUUCUCCAUUGUCAGCCCACCAUCGUUUGACAACGUCCGAGCUAAGUGGUUCCCCGAGAUUGACCACCACGCGCCGUCGGUACCUAUCAUUCUUGUUGGCACCAAGCUUGACUUGAGAGAAGACCCAGCAACACUGGAGAGCCUGAGAUCAAAGAGGAUGGAGCCUGUAUCGUAUGACCAGGCGUUGGUUGUCGCGAAGGAGAUCAGAGCCCACAAGUAUUUGGAGUGUUCAGCUCUCACCCAGCGAAAUCUGAAGAGUGUGUUCGACGAGGCUAUCAGAGCUGUCCUGAGUCCUAGACCGCAGGUGAGCAAGCAAAAGAAAGGCAAAUGUACGAUCCUGUAG